GGAACAGCGUCGUGACUGGACCCGCAUUUUGCUAUUGUAGCUCUCACAUUGCCGCGCUAUGCAGCACCGGUGAUGUGUAUGAACUCUGUUUUGGAAUAGACGCAACCUGACGCUUCCCGCUUCUAGUGCAGUGCCGUGGUGUGUUCCCCGCUCUUCCCGAUUUCUCUCGCGGUGGCUUUGGCUGUGGUUUGUUCCGUCGUGUUGUCUGCUGCGGUUUCUGCAGUGGGUGUAGGUGGAGUGGGAACAGCGUUUUUGUUCGUGAAAGGGGUUUGGAGAGGUUUUCAAUCUUGUUCAGCUCGAAAAGUGCUUUUUCUUCCAUCCUCCGUUGGGUGGUCCUUGAGGGGGUGAAAGCCCAGCCUGCUUGUUAAGUUGAGUUUUUUUUUUUUUUUUUUUUUUUUUUUUUUUUAUAAUAAAACUCGUGGGAACUGCGCAUAGUUGUACCCUUUUUAUUCUGUGGAAAUGUGAGGGGUGCUGGAGUGACCUGAUUCCCGCCAAGCUGGCUCUUGCUUAGAUUUCAAAUGGGACUAAUUUAUGAGAAGCGUCAGAGUAUACUUUUUGUUGCCCCUUGUUGCUGCCCCGUACUGUCCAGCUGUGUAAUUCCUAUCUCCUAUCUCAGUUGUCCUUGCGCUCCGUCUGGGUUAUCCUUCCCUUGUAACCACGAAAUUUGCAAUCGUAGUCUAGUAGACAAUGUUUUUUGAAGCUGCCUCUUGCUCUGUCCUUUGCCCUCGCCGACCUAAUGGCAACUGCUCGAGAGUGAUGCUCUGAUGUCGACAUUGACGAUUUCAAAACGGAUGCGAGCUAGAUCUCUUCUCGUCUCUCUUCUAUUCUUGCAAGAUUGGCAAUGCAGGAAUGAAACAAGAGGCAUUUAGUCGGAUGCAUAAACAAUAGUCUUACGCCAGCUUCUUCAUCUCUUCACUACUUGGGCGUGUUUUGGAUCUGAAGAGGGUGUAUCACUCCAAGUAACAUUUAUUUUUUGGGGGGCGGUCGAAGUGAUCGGGGUUCAGAUAAGUUACUUUACACUUCUACGGAAGGUAGGAGGGUUGCCGCUAAUGUAGAAACUAUGUAUCAGCACGAUACGAAUACUGAAGGAAUUUCACAAAGUCUUCCGGAUCCUCAAGCUCCACCUGAGAAUCUGAGAUCGAUUGAAACAGAAUCGAUCGAAGUUAAAGUAGAGCCGAUCCUGACACGCGUGAACUCCAUCGAAGGUGGUGCUAGGCGAAUUGCGACGCAGGAGAAGCUGAAACAGAAGGUUCGACGAAUUAGACACUAUUUGAAAAUACAUAAGGACGAGCAAUGGCAUGGGUUCAAAAUUGCACUAGCAGUACUAUUGAGCUCGACACCGGUUCUCGUAGGACCCCUUUACGACUAUUUUGGAAUGAAUAGCUUGUGGCUUAUCAUCAGCGUUAUUAUUAUUUAUGAGCCUACUGUGGGUAGUUUUUUGUCUAAGGGAAUACUACGCAUGAUUGGGACAGUGUCAGCAAUUUUGGUCGCUCUUGCAUGUUCUGAAAUGACGGAAAUUUCCGGGCGAGCCGAGGUGUAUCUGAUCCCUGUGUUCUUGUUUAUGGGGUCAUGGUUGCUUGGUUUUAUUAGACAGGUGCCUCCGGUGAAGGAGAAGUACGAUUAUGCUGCCCUUACCGGAUUUGCUACAUUUGGAUUUCUCACAUUGAGUGAGUAUCGCACACAUGAGGGACCAAGGCUAGCGGGGUUGCGGAUGUUGCUUAUACUUGUGGGAUUUGCCAUUUCAUUUGGGGCCAACAUUGGUAUUAAGCCGAAUUUUGCAGGCAAUGAGCUGCAUAAAGUGGUUGCUGCGCAUUUCGAUAAAAUCGCGCUUGCACUGGAAACAUGUGUUCAAGCAUAUGUAGCAGGGAGUCGGAUGGCAGAUUUUGAGAGAAUUUUAGAGGGACCUGAACCUGAAGAUGUUGUGUAUGAAGGAUACAAAACCGUUAUCCUUGCAAAAGAAAAUGAAAGUGCAUUGCAUGAAUUGGUGGUAUAUGAACCACCUCAUGGUCAUUUUGAGUUGAAGUAUCCGUGGGAUCUGUAUAAAGAUGUCUCGCGACAAUGUCGGCACUGUAUGUACAUAGUGUUAGCCAUGGAUGGCUGUCUUCGAUCAGAGAUUCAGUGCCCUGUUAAUAUACGUCAACUUCUAUCUCGCCCUAUGACUCGCCUUGCUGGAGAAGCGAUCAAGGUAUUAGAAGCUAUGGGAGAAUGCGUGUCAGAAAUGAAAAUGGUGAAUCUUCGACCUUACAUCACUGCCGUAGAUGCUGCAGCAUUGGAUCUGCAGAAAGAACUGCAGGAGAAAGCAACAUUACUGAUAACCCCCACUCCCGAGACCGACAGAUGGGUGGAGAGUUUCUUGGAUGAAGACGACGAAAGAGCUAGGGCCAGCAUGUCCAGCAGUAAAGCAAGGCGUUCUGCAGCAGCAGCCGAGCUAACAGAAGGGAAGCGUGCUUCAACAGAGGACGACGAAUCCGUGGAGUUCUCAUUUCCGAUCAUGCAGGUAGAAGAGGUACUUGACGAAGGUUAUCUCCACACGGACUCAUAUGGUCAUCAAAGCCGUGUGACACCAGGGCGCAGCCUUGGUAAUACAGGCCUUCUUCAAAGUACAUCUUCAGACCUGCAAGAAAGACAUCGUUAUUCAGCGGAACUCACGGACAUGGAACCUCUUCCCCCCGCCUCCGGCCAGGGGUCCUUAACUGAUCGGAUUAAUCGAAAACCCAGCAGUCGACAAUUGAUGGUUCCUGUUCCGGGAGGAAUUGCAGUUUUUUCAUUAGUUCAAUUUGUAUGUAGUCUGGUAGAAUUCGUGGCCAAGUUGAACUUGUUGGUCAAUUGCGUCAAUACCUUAAGCGAGAAGGCUGGCUUUACUUGCGAUGGUAGGAUCUGGUCUAGCAGAGAGAGUGCUGAGCGGCGAACACGCUUAGAAACGGUGACUAAUAAUUUAUGAUAGUUGAUCCGUUCUUCCGGUGCCAAACCGGCUGCUGACUGCUUUACCUCGUCGGCUGGUUCAGGAUUUCAACUUUUAGGCUCUGGUACCACAAAAGUGGUGCACCACAGAACGUUUGUACCUUCUUCUACUGGCCUGCCGGCCUGCGACCUUCUGUCCAAUUCACUUCCCUUCUUGUGCUUUCUUGCUC